AUGAGGUUCAAUGCUAAACAUCUGGCUUUGCUGGCCAGGCAACCAUCAGGUUGUUUUGACAAGGAAGGAAAACUGAAGAUUUGCAGAGUGGUUGGGGAUGAAAAAUUAAUAGAACCGAGGGAGAGAUGGUGCCGACUGAAAGGAAAUCUGCUUUUUCUAAUGAAAAAUAAGAGCUCUGAUGCCUCUGAAGUGGUAAUCCUGGAGCACUGCUGGGUUGUGGAGUUCAGGAGUAAAGCAGAUGUUUCAAUAGUUCUCAAAUUUGAGAGUGGAGAGCCGGAUCUUUACCUCGAAGCUGCAUCAAAGCCAGAUUGUGAGUCUUGGGCUGUGGCGCUGGGAGAGGCGAACUUGGAAGGUUUGCGGAAUAAAAUUCAGCAGCUCCGGAGGUUGAUCAUGGAAAUCAAAGAGGAGAGAUCAUCAGAUGAAGCACGGCAGUUUCUCCCUCCAUCCCAAGUAGACAGCCUAGGAGAGCCUCAGUUUACAAGUAUUCAGAGAAUUGCAAAUGAGCCAAAGCUGGAGUUCAGUCUUGCAUGCAAGGAUCUAGUGGCUGCUACCCGUGAUCGGAAGUUGAAUACGUUUAUACAAGUCUCAGUGGUGCAUCCAGCAGAGCACAUUUUGACGCGGUAUUCAAGCACUGAAAUCGUGGAGGGUACAAGAGAUCCACUGUUUUUGACUGGUGUGACAUUCCCACCGGAAUACCCCAUCUAUGAGGAGACUAAAAUAAAACUGACGGUCUAUGAUGUCAAAGACAAAUCUCAAGACACGGUCCGCACCAGUGUCCUACCUGAUCACAAGGAACCAAGAGCAGAUGUUGGGAGAAGCUUCCUGGGCUGUGCAACUUUUAGAGUAGGAGAUCUGGUAAAGUCAAAGGAGCAACAGUUGACCCUUACCCUCAGAACUUCUGAUGGUGGAAAGGCAGUUGGUACCAUCGAAGUCAAUCUUGUGAAGAUGGGAGAGCUGGAGGAUGGGGAAACAGACCACAUCACAACAGAUACCCAGGAUCAAAAGUGUGCAUUGGUUCGUGAAUGUACGGCCGGUGAAGGCAUAAGUGGGAAAGACAACCUGCCUUCAUUAAAUGCAGUGCUAAAAAACCCAAUCUGUAAGUUAUAUAGAUUCCCUACUUCUGACAACAAGUGGAUGCGAAUCCGGGAACAGAUGGCUGAGACCACCCUCUCUUUCCAUGUUCCUAAAGAACUAAUAAAUCUGCACAUAAAGGAGGAUAUGAGAAGGAAUCAGGAACUUAAAGACCUGGGAGAACUUGCUCCUCACUGGGACAACAUGCGCAAAAGUGUAAUUGCUCACUGUGAUCAGAUGUUGAGCAUGUACCAGGAUACCCUUGCAGAGCUUGGGAAGCACACAGGUUCUUCCUUCAAAUCAAGCUGUAGCAAAGGAGAAAAAACACUAGAAUUCAUCCCAAUAAAUCUUCAUCUGCAAAGAAUGCAUGUGCAUAGUCCUCGAUUGAAAGAUGCUCUGUAUGAUGUCAUCACCGUGGGAGCCCCAGCAGCGCAUUUCCAAGGAUUUAAGAAUGGUGGUCUCCGGAAACUGCUGAGUAAAUUUGAGGCAGAAAGAAGAAAUACUGGAUACCAGUGUAUUUACUAUUCACCUGAAAACACAGCCAAGGCAAAGGAAGUUCUCAGCAACAUCAAUCAUCUACAACCUCUUAUAUCAAGCCAUGCAGACCUGCUGCUUAGUUCUGCAAGCCAGCGUUCCCCAGACAGCUUGAAGAAUUCUUUAAAGAUGCUUUCAGAAAAGACGGAGUUAUUUGUGCAUGCAUUCAAGGAUCAACUGGUCAGAAGUGCCCUUUUAGCACUGUACACAGCCCGGCCUGGCUGUGUCCUCAAGAAACCAGCUGUGCCUAGAAACAGUGCAGAAGAAGGGGGUGAUUCACAGCACCAGGAUCAUCCUUCUCAGAUUAAAAGGCAGGACUCUAUACCACAUCAUUCUGAGUAUGAUGAAGAAGAGUGGGACAGGGUGUGGGCCAACGUGGCAAAGAGUUUAAACUGUGUUAUUGCCAUGGUGGACAGACUGCUUGAAAAAGACAACAUCAGCAGCAUUAAAGAGGAUCAAAAUGACCCUUCAGCAGCAGACUGCAAGGUGUUGCAUACAGGUGGUGACUGGUACGAACAACUUUAUCCGCUGGUGAUUACGCUGAAGGACUGCAUGGGAGAGGUGGUGACCAGGGCAAAGCAGUCGAUGGCCUUUGUUCUGCUCCAGGAACUUGCCUGUGGUUUGCCACAAUGUUUGAUGCUGACCCUAAGGAGAGACAUCGUCUUUAGUCAAGCACUUGCUGGAUUGGUCUGUGGGUUUAUAAUCAAAUUGCACACAGGUUUACAUGAUCAAGGAUUUUUACAACAGCUUCAUACUGUUGGAUUGCUCGUGCAAUAUGAAGGACUCCUUAGUACAUACAGUGAAGAAGCAGGGAUGCUGGAAGACAUGGCUGUGGGCAUUUCAGAUUUGCAGAAAGUAAUGUUUAAAGUCAUUGAAGCCAAAUCAGAAGAUUUUUUGCCUAUUAUAACUGGCAGACGUGAACAUUACAUUAUAGAGGUCCAGCUUCCAGCAAAGAUGUUUGAGUUGCUGCCACAAGAGAUUAAAGAAGGAAAACUUCUUCGCAUGUACCCAGUACUCUUUAAUGUUGGAAUCAAUGAACAGCAAACACUCGCAGAGAGGUUUGGAGAUACCACUUUACAGGAAAACAUUAACCAGGAAAACUUAGAACUCCUCAAAGAAUAUUACAAGCUAUUUACGGAAAAAAUGCCUCCUGAUUGUCUACCACAUUUUCAAGAACAAAAUGAUUUAAAGGGAUUGCUAGAAAAUCUCCAUCAAAAUAUCCAGGCCAAAAGGAGAAAGAAUGUAGAAAUCAUGUGGCUGGCUGCGACGAUUUGCCGGAAGCUGAACGGCGUCCGCUUCACCUGUUGCAAAAGUGCCAAAGACCGGACGUCCAUGUCGGUGACGCUGGAGCAGUGCUCCAUCUUGAGGGACGAACACCAGCUUCACAAGGACUUCUUCAUCCGGGCUCUGGAUUGCAUGAGAAGAGAAGGAUGCCGCAUAGAGAAUGUACUGAAGAAUGUCAAAUGCAGAAAGUAUGCAUUCAACAUGAUACAGCUGAUGGCUUUCCCAAAGUACUACAGACCUCCAGAAGGGACAUAUGGAAAGGCUGACACCUAAGUUUAACAAAAAUGUAAUCAGGAACAUACAUCAUGCUCAUUAGUGAAUAUAACAACCGCUGUUUAUGACUUAUUAAUUGGGAAUGUAUAACCAGCUGAGGUGUUAUUUUUACCGGGUUUUAUCAUUUUACAUUAAAAUAACUCUGGUUAGUCAUUAUGAACUAAAAUACCGUUAAAAAGCAAUGGACUGGAUAUUCUCAAAAUCAAAUAUAUUCAACUCAUUUUUGUGAAGUUGAAGCUCAGUAUGACUCAUAAGCCAGCUGGAAUUAGUUUUUUGAGUCAUUUGAUGAAGAUUAAGAAGGGAAAUGGCAUUUGCUCUAGGAACUGAGGUUAGCAAUCUGGAAGGUGGCAUUCUGACUCCAAACCAAAACCUGAUAUUUGAUUUAAGGGGUCUCUAACUGCUGGAAACAGUGUUUUCUGGAACCAGCAGAGCACUGAGGUCUUGAUCACUAAUUAAAUCCUUCACAGAAAUGUUUAUGAAAGAUGCUAAUGUUAAUAUCUGGGAUAAAUAUAAUUUUGGUAAUUACAUUUAGCUUCUUUACAUAAUAUGUUUUUAGUAAUUGCAGCCUGUAAUUUCAGUAAUUCCAUUCUGAUUCCCUGCAGUUCAUUUGGAUGUAUCAUUCUUGACUUUCUGUACCACAGCCAAAUACCACUUAUUUCACUUUCAGAUAAAUCACACUGAAAUCAAGGGGAUUAAUUCUACAAGUAAGGUGACCUGAAUUUGACCUCCCAUUUACUGUAAACCCUUAAAAGUAAAUUUUCUUUAGUAGUAGGGAAAAUGGGUUGUAUGUACAGGAGUUAUAUCUUUAGGCUAUAAAAACAUGUAUGUUAUUACAGAAUCUAAAAUAAAUGUUGUAUUUAUGAGUAAACUGCUGUAUUAGGACUAGUUAGCCACUGCAGAUGAUUUAUAUCAGAUUUGUAAUGCUGCAGGUAGACACUCUAGGAUGAAGAACUAUCAGCUUUAAAAAUUAAUGUUAAUGCUCUGUGAGUUUCUGUUAGUCCUGAAAUUUGUCUUGCAAAGAACAUUUGUGUUUUCUAAUUGUUUCUAUUUAUUACCUCCUUCAGACUUCCAGAGAGACAUACAGGUUAAAACCCCCAAGAAUUCACUGACUCCAAGUAUUACUGACCCUUAUGUCAUUACAUUCAUUUUCAUAUCUAGAGCAGAAGUAUGAGAAAUUUAUCCUAAUGAAACUGCCCUGGGAAUUUGAGCAUCUGUAGGAAAUUGUAAUUGCCAUGGAUAAAGAAGUUAAUGUUUCCUUGCUCCUAUGGAAGUCAAAGAAAUCUUGAUACACCAUGAGUUAUAAUUUGUUCUUUUUAAUCCAUUAAUGCCCAUUACUGGGUAUAAAUCUGUUACUAUAGUAGUAAGAAUUUAAGAGCUCAUUUCUGCAAAUUCUAUUUGGGUGAUCACAUGGAAAUGGUCUAUCAUAUGGCUAAAAUUAAAUCCAUUUUUUAUAUAUGCAAGAUCAGGCUUUGGGGCUUGUAGGAAAACAUCUGAAAGAGAUCCUUGUUCUACUAAUUUAUGACUUCAGUGGAGCCAGAAAUUCACCUAUACAGUAUAUUAACUAAUUGGAACUUUUUUUUUAUCAAAGUAAAGUAGGCAAUGUAAAUAGUGUUUUGUUGCAUUAGUUUUUUUAUUUCUAUUAUAUAAUGUACUGUCACUAAUUACUUCCUUGUUCUCAUAAUGUAUUACUUCAGUAUCUGUCAGAAGAGUUAGCAUUGCAUCAGAGAUAAGCUCAGACAGAGGAGAACAUAAUGCCUUGAAUUUUUCUUGUCAUGUACCAGUAGAAGUGAGCAAUACAUAUAUGGAUGACUGGAUGUGUGCAUAAAUUAGCGUUUGGGUCUUUAACUAUAACUUAGCUGAUCUGUACAAAACUUCUUUGUGGAUUUACGGAACGUAAAGCUUCCUUAGGAAAGUAAUGUUUUGUUCUGUCAGGUUGUCUCACUAGCCCUCACUAUCUGCAUGUUUAUUAUUAGCUUAAAAAAUGCUGCAUGUGCAGUUUAGAGGUAGUGAUAAAUUCCUCAUACAUCUCUGAAGCAACCCCACAGGUGUGCAGCAGAAAAUGCCAGCCUUCCCACAGAAAUUCUGAUACAACCUGUAAAAGUCUGCGUGGGGAUGGUAUUUACUGGUUGAUACUAUGGGUAUCUUUAUCUGAGUCCCAUGGGCAUUUUGUCAAGUUCAAAAUAUGAAAUCAUCUAGAUUUUCUUAUCAGGAACAUAGUCUUUCAAGUGUUUGCCUCAGCAUUUUAACCCUACUUGGGUUCUAAAUUAUCACUACCAUGUUACUUUCUAUCGUGAAUGUGUUUUUCACAUUGAAGCCACGUUUUUGAUGAGGAAGAAGAAAAAUGGGCACGGGAUUAUUGUCCUUUUCAUUUUAACAGCCACUCACCGUAUGUUCUUUUGAAAAUAAAUAAUCUCUAAUUUGCUAAAAAUAAUUAAGAAAAAAAACCCCUAAACUCACAUCAGUGGGCUGCGGUGAAACUUCACUGUGCUUGGGCCGUUACAGAAGAGUAGGGUGGGUUUUUUGCUAAAUAAAAAUUUUCAGGCAAAUUUUUUGAUUAGAACAUCUUAUUGUAGGUGACAAGACCCUUGUGAAACCUGCUGGUGUGGUUCCAACACUUUUGGAAGAGACUUAUUGCCUUAGCGCUGAAACGGGCUCAAAUGUUUUGUUGUUCUGCCAUUGCCUGCUAGUGCAGUCCAUGAAGGCAAAGGCUGUGCCAUCAGCUGAGAUUUCAUCUGAUCAUGGAUUCAAAAUUUUUGGGUUCUCUGGUUUGCCUUUUAUGAAGGAACAAAAGGUAUUUGUUGCAGGUUGAUAGUUACAUUGCUUGGAGCAUUAGUUACAUUACUCUUUGUAGCAGCUGCUU